GCCACAAUAGAUGACAUCACUCCCAGCCCAGGCUUAAAGUCGCCCCGUGUGAGGGGACCUAUUUCCUCUAGCCUCUGCUGUCUGAUGACACCAUCCAGUACCUGAACAUUCAGGAGAGUCCCCAUUUCUUCUUUCCAAAGGUGCCCUCAUCUGGGCCACAGUCUCUGAAGAUCAUGAUGGCAUAUAUGAACCCGGGGCCUCACUAUUCAGUCAAUGCCUUGGCUCUGAGUGGCCCCAGUGUGGACCUGAUGCACCAGGCUGUCCCAUACUCAAGUGCCCCUAGGAAGCAGCGGCGGGAGCGGACCACAUUCACCAGGAGCCAGCUGGAGGAGCUGGAGGCCCUGUUUGCCAAGACCCAGUACCCGGAUGUGUAUGCACGUGAGGAGGUUGCUCUUAAGAUCAAUCUGCCUGAGUCCAGGGUCCAGGUCUGGUUCAAGAAUCGCAGGGCGAAAUGCAGACAGCAGCGACAGCAGCAGAAACAGCAACAGCAACCCCCGGGGGCACAGACCAAGGCUCGUCCUGCGAAGAGGAAGGCAGGGACAUCCCCUAGACCCUCUACAGAUGUUUGUACAGAUCCUUUGGGCAUCUCAGAUUCUUACAGCCCAUCUCUGCCUGGCCCCUCAGGUUCACCUACCACAGCAGUGGCCACCGUGUCCAUUUGGAGUCCAGCCUCAGAGUCUCCUUUGCCUGAGGCCCAGAGAGCCGGCCUAGUGGCUUCUGGGCCCUCUCUCACCUCAGCCCCUUAUGCCAUGACCUAUGCCCCGGCUUCUGCUUUCUGUUCUUCCCCUUCAGCUUAUGCAUCUCCAAGUUCCUAUUUCAGUGGGUUGGAUCCCUACCUUUCGCCCAUGGUGCCCCAACUUGGGGGUCCGGCUCUCAGCCCCCUCUCAGGCCCCUCUGUGGGGCCAUCCCUGGCCCAGUCCCCCACCUCCUUGUCAGGCCAGAGCUAUAGCACCUACAGCCCUGUGGACAGCCUGGAAUUCAAGGACCCCACAGGCACCUGGAAAUUUACCUACAAUCCCAUGGACCCUCUGGACUACAAAGAUCAGAGUGCCUGGAAGUUUCAGAUCUUGUAGAAGGGGCUUCAUAUCCCCCCUUCCAGCGGAAUCACCCUCUCUGGAUUCAAGCUGUCUCCCCCAGCUUAGAUUCCAGGAGAGUAGCUCUCAGCAAGCAACAGCAAGUAGCAAUCCUGCCAAAGGCUGUGAACCAUUCAGCCUCAGGUGUUUCCUACCCUCAGCUCCUUUAGAGAGCUUAGCCCCUUUACAGCAUACCCCAAGCAAUGAAAGUGGCUCCUUCCUCUCUCCAGACAGCCCAGCAGCAAUCAGUACAGGUCAUGACUGAAGUGCAUAGCUGAUGCUUUUCCCCAGUCUUCAGUAAAGGUGCUGAGAACUUGCUCUGGAGAAAAAGGAAAUCUGUCUUGCAAAUGACUUGGAGAAUGUUUGGCUUAGAACGCCAGGUGCCCUAAGCCAGAUGUGUUGACUGACUCAAUGUUCAUAAUCCCAGCAUGAAAGAAGAUGAGGCAGGAGGAUUGCUGGGAACUUGAGGUCAACCUGGACUACAAAGUGAGACCUCCAAAUUCAUUUGGAAAACGUAUACAGUUAAAGUUAAUAAACAUCAGGUUUACAUGGUAGGUUUAGGGGAUCAUUCAUUUGAACAUGUAUAUAUGAUUUAAAUGUAUAUAUGAUUUAUGUGUCUGUCUGUGUGUUACAGACAUGACCACUAAACUGAGCUGGGAUGCUGUGGCUUGUAUAAAAACAAAAUGCAAAAGAAGCUUGAUGUGGAUAUUGGGGAGGACUUGAAAGAUAAAUAGAAUGUUCUAGAGCCCAAGAUGCCCCAGUCAGAGGUUCCUAGGGUCAGAUUGAGGGGACACAAGUGAUGAAGUCUUCCAGAUGCCUAUAGGAGUUGAAUCUCAAGAGGCUGGAAGUCUUAUUCAUGGGUAUACCUGGGUAAAGGACUUUUAGAAAUCCAUAGAGUAUGUCUAAUGUCUUAGUUAGUCUUAGUCCAAUGCCUUUCUAUUCCUGCACAAACAUCAUGAUCAAGAAGCGAGUUGGGGAGGAAAGGGUUUAUUUAGCUUAUACUUUUUACAAUGUUGGUCAUCACCAAAGGAAGGCAGAACUGGAACUCAAGCGGGUCAGGAAGCAGGAGCUAAUGUAGAGGCCAUGGAGGGAUGUUACUGGCUUGCUUCCUCUGACUUGCUCAGUUUGCUUAUAGAACCCAAGACUACCAGCCCAGGGAUGGCACCACCCACAAGGGGCCCUCCCGUCUUGAUCACUAAUUGAGAAAAUGCCUUAUAGCCGGAUCUCAUGGAGGCAUUUCCUCAACUGAAGCUCCUUUCUCUGUGAUAACUCUAGCUUGUGUUAUCAAAACCAGCCAGUACACCCAAUAUUCUUUUUAAAAAAGAUUUAUAUGAGUACACAUUAGCUAUCUCCAGACACACCAGGAAAGGGCAUGGAUCCCAUUACAAAGUUGUGAGCCACUAUGGAGUUACUGGAAAUUGAACCUAGGACUUCUGGAAGAGCAGCCAAUGCUCUUAACUGCUGAGCCAUCUCUCCCAGCCCAUGGACAUAUUCUAUUUCAUAAGCCAGGGGUGAUGGCGCAUGCUUGUGAUUUUAACACAAGGGAGGUAGAGGCAGAAGGACUAUGAGUUCAAGGUCAUUCUAGGCUACAAUGCAAGUUUGAGGCCAGCCUGGGCUACAUAAAACCCUGUUGUACUCCCCACCCCUGCAAAUCCUUCUUUCCAAGCCCCAAGGCUGAUAAGGCAGAUGGACAUAGAAUGAGGAGGUCAGGAGUUCCCCUCAUUUAAUGUUAGUUUCUCUGUUCUCUCCUUUCCUUCUUACUAGCCUCUCAGGUCUCCCUUCCCUGGAUACCCAGAGUGAAACUAAUUAAAAAUGUGAAUCCCACUUAAA